CGUCCUGCCCUCCCUGUGCGCGCGCCGCCCCAGCAUGCCACGGGAGCGCGGGCGGCGGGCCCCUUGGUCCUCAGGCGGCCGUGGCGGGGGUGGCGGCGGUUGGGCCGAGGGAGGCGGCCUCAGUGGCCGAGGUGGCUGGACGCGUAGCAGGUGGAAGGAGGGAGGGAGCCGCAGGCGCAGACCCACUCGCCAUGAAGCCCCCCGCAGCCUGUGCAGGAGACGUGGCAGACGCGGCAUCUCCGUGCUCUGUGGUGAACGACCUGAGAUGGGACCUGAGCGCCCAGCAGAUAGAGGAGCGCAGCAGGGAGCUCAUCGAGCAGACCAAGCGCGUGUAUGACCAGGUGGGCGCCCAGGCGUUUGAGGACGUGUCCUAUGAGAGCACGCUCAAAGCGCUGGCCGACGUGGAGGUCACCUACACAGUUCAGAGGAAUAUCCUUGACUUCCCCCAGCACGUUUCCCCCUCCAAGGACAUCCGGACGGCCAGCACGGAGGCCGACAAGAAGCUCUCUGAGUUCGACGUGGAGAUGAGCAUGAGGGAGGACGUGUACCAGAGGAUCGUGUGGCUCCAGGAGAAAGUUGAAAAGGACUCACUGAGGCCCGAGGCUGCACGCUACCUGGAGCGGCUAAUCAAGCUGGGCCGGAGAAACGGGCUUCACCUCCCCAGAGAGACUCAGGAAAACAUCAAAAGCAUCAAGAAGAAGCUGAGCCUCCUGUGCAUCGACUUCAACAAGAACCUGAACGAGGACACGACCUUCCUGCCCUUCAGGCUCGAGGAGCUAGGAGGGCUCCCCGAGGACUUUCUGAACUCCCUGGAGAAGAUGGAGGACGGCAAGUUGAAGGUCACCCUCAAGUACCCCCAUUACUUCCCCCUCCUGAAGAAAUGCCACGUGCCUGAGACGAGGAGGAAAGUGGAGGAGGCCUUCAACUGCCGGUGCAAGGAGGAGAACUGUGCUAUCCUCAAGGAGCUGGUGGCACUGCGGGCCCAGAAGUCCCGCUUGCUGGGGUUCCACACGCACGCCGACUAUGUCCUGGAGAUGAACAUGGCCAAGACCAGCCAGACCGUGGCCGCCUUCCUAGAUGAGCUGGCGCAGAAGCUGAAGCCCCUGGGGGAGCAGGAACGUGCGGUGAUUCUGGAGCUGAAGCGUGCGGAGUGUGAGCGCCGGGGCCUGACCUUCGACGGCCGCAUCCAUGCCUGGGACAUGCGCUACUACAUGAACCAGGUGGAGGAGACGCGCUACCGCGUGGACCAGAACCUGCUCAAGGAGUACUUCCCCGUGCAGGUGGUCACGCACGGGCUGCUGGGCAUCUACCAGGAGCUCCUGGGGCUGGCCUUCCAGCACGAGGAGGGCGCCAGUGCCUGGCAUGAGGACGUGCGGCUCUACACCGCGAGGGAUGCGGCCUCGGGGGAGGUGGUCGGCAAGUUCUACCUGGACCUGUACCCGCGGGAAGGAAAGUACGGGCACGCGGCCUGCUUUGGCCUGCAGCCCGGCUGCCUGCGGCAGGAUGGGAGCCGCCAGAUCGCCAUCGCAGCCAUGGUUGCCAACUUCACGAAGCCCACAGCCGACGCACCCUCGCUGCUGCAGCAUGAUGAGGUGGAGACCUACUUCCAUGAGUUCGGCCACGUGAUGCACCAGCUCUGCUCCCAGGCGGAGUUCGCCAUGUUCAGCGGGACCCAUGUGGAGCGGGACUUCGUGGAGGCGCCGUCGCAGAUGCUGGAGAACUGGGUGUGGGAGAAGGAGCCGCUGCUGCGGAUGUCGCAGCACUACCGCACAGGCAGCCCGGUGCCCCAGGAGCUCUUGGAGAAGCUCAUUGAGUCCCGGCAGGCCAACACAGGCCUCUUCAACCUGCGCCAGAUCGUCCUCGCCAAGGUGGACCAGGCCCUGCACACGCAGACAGACGCAGACCCCGCCGAGGAGUAUGCGCGGCUCUGCCAGGAGAUCCUCGGGGUCCCGGCCACGCCAGGAACCAACAUGCCUGCAACCUUCGGCCACCUGGCAGGUGGCUACGACGCCCAGUACUACGGGUACCUGUGGAGCGAGGUGUAUUCCAUGGACAUGUUCCACACGCGCUUCAAGCAGGAGGGCGUCCUGAACAGCAAGUUUCCUCACUAUGAAGUGCGGCCGUUACACCGUGUGAGCCUGUGCCUCCCGUUGAUUUGGUGUGACCCAGGCUCGGGACAGCCGCCAGAGUCCCUCACAAGGAACAGGUGGCUACCAGCUUUGAGGGCCGGCCCUGCCCUGUCUGGGUGCAACAUUGCACUGGGCAGCCUGCAGGUCGGCAUGGAUUACAGAAGCUGCAUCCUGAGACCUGGCGGCUCCGAGGAUGCCAGCGCCAUGCUGAAGCGCUUCCUGGGCCGUGACCCCAAGCAGGACGCCUUCCUUCUGAGCAAGGGGCUGCAGGUCGGGGGCUGCGAGCCUGAGCCGCAGGUCUGCUGAGGCCCGGCACUGCGACUGCCCAGUCCUGCCUGCGCUCCCACCGCCCUGGUGCCUUAGCCCCUGGCCCAGGAUGGGGCAGGCUGUGGCCCAGCGCCUGGGACUGGCAGGGUGGCUGAGCAGCUGUCUCUUGCCUCUUGUCAUUGUCUGUCCCCACCCGGUGGCCCACCCGGCUAGAGAUGGCAUCCUCCAGGCAUCUGGAGGGCUCUCAUGGCUGCCAGGGCCUGGUCUUUGUUGCACUAACACGUCUCCUCCCUGGGAAACGUCCCUUGUCAGGAGAUGGCUCUUCUUUGAAAUGAGGUCAUUAAAAGGAAACAGAAAAA